AUGCCCAACACCUGGACAGAAGGAAGCACAAACUGCAAAGAAGAAAGUAAAAACAAGACAAUGGAAACCAAUGAGACUGACCUGACCCCCUAAACUUGGAUUCAACUCAAAAGAACAACAGCAUUUGUAUUUUUGGAACUGGGGACUUUGGCCGAUCACUUGGAUUUAAAUUGAUACAGAGUGGCUUCCAUGUGAUAUUUGGGAGCCGAAACCCUGCAAGGGUUAAUUUGCUUCCCAAGGGGAUGGAAGUGCUCGGCCAUGCUGAGGCGGCACAAAAAUGCCCACUGAUCAUUUUGGCCGUACAGCGGGACCAUUAUAGUCCUUUUCUCAGGGAACUUGAAGAUGUUUUAGAUGGAAAAGUCCUAGUGGAUGUCAGUAAUAACCUGAAGAUAAACCAGUACCCAGAAUCCAAUGCGGAAUAUCUUGCCCAGCUGUUACCAAGAGCUAAAGUCAUAAAAGCAUUUAACACGGUUUCAGCAUGGUCUCUGCAGUCUGGAACCCUGGAUGCCAGCAGUCAGGUUUUUGUGUGCUCAGAUGACAACACAGCCAAACAGAGGGUAAUGGACAUUGUGCGGGCCAUUGGGUUGACACCACAAGAUAAAGGGUCGUUACUGGCAGCUAAAGAAAUAGAGAAUUACCCCCUCCAGCUUUUCCCUAUGUGGAGACUCCCAAUUUACCUAUGCGCAGGACUAACCGUGCUUGUGUUUCUAUACUGUGUCAUAAAUGACGUUGUCCACUCUGCGGUUGUCCUUGGAAAAGAUAUCUCCUUCCGACUGGCCAUCUCAAUACCGAACAAGGUCUUCCCCAUCGUCUCUCUCAUGCUGCUGGCCUUGAUCUACCUUCCAGGAGUGUUUGCUGCCAUCAUUCAACUGUAUCGUGGCACAAAGUACAGCCGCUUCCCCAAUUGGCUGGACCGUUGGAUGUUGUGUAGGAAGCAGCUGGGGUUGGUUGCCCUGUCCUAUGCCUUUCUCCAUGCCAUUUACACUCUGGUGAUUCCAAUUCGAUAUUAUGUAAGGCACAGGAUAGCUACCAACACCAUUGCACAGGUCAAGAAUAAUGAAACCAGCCCCUUCUCAACAGUCAUGGCCUGGCGGUCAGACUCAUACAUAGCCCUGGGAAUUCUGGGAUUUUUCUUCUAUGUACUUCUGGGAAUAACGUCAUUGCCGUCUGUUAGUAACGCUGUCAACUGGAGAGAAUUCCGCUUUGUCCAGUCUAAGCUCGGCUACCUCACCCUGGUGCUGUGCACAGGACACGCAUUUGUCUUUGGCUGGAACAGGUUCCUGAAUGUGGCUAACUUCAAAUGGUAUAUGCCCCCUGCCUACACGCUGUCUCUGGUCAUCCCCUGUAUCGUGCUGAUCCUCAAAUUCAUUCUCAUAAUCCCGUGUAUUGAUAAACGGAUUACCAAAAUACGGCAAGGAUGGGAAAGAAGCUCCACAGCUCAAGAAGAUAAGAAGUUUAAAAAUGGCCAUGUCACUAUAUAA